AAUUCGCUCUAUUCGCUAUUCAAAAUGGCGACGGUGUUGCGGUCACGGUGCGCGUUUGCGCGACUUUUUGGCGGAAAAACUGGGCAAAUCUUGAACAAUGUGAUUGAUUUAAAUAUAAAAUCAACCCCGGAAUCACUAUCGGUAAUAUCGACUUCUAAAAAGUACUCUAAUUAUGCACAUUCACCGUUUGUCAGAAGAGUGAAGGAACAAUACGAUUACGAAAUUAUUAAAAAGCCACAAGAAUGGGCUUAUGUUGAAAGGCUUAUGCCUUUUGAGACAAUUCCGGCAAUAUCUCCAAAGGAUAAUUACCCCUCGGGAUAUAUACCUCCCAAAGAAGAAUCUAGGAAUCUUCCAUAUUUUAUUCCUAGAAAUAAAAACCAUAAUUUACCUAUACAUCUCGAUAUAUCUUACCGUGGUAUGCGUAAAAUUUCAAUUAUAAAAAGAAUAGAUGGAGACAUAUGGCUUUUAAAUGAUGAAAUAAAAAGUUAUUUGAAAAAUAAGUACAACAAGCAUAUUCAAACUAGAGUCCAUGAAAUGGGAAGGUUCAUUGAGAUAAAAAAAGACUAUGUCAAUGAUAUUAAAGGUUGGGCGUAUUCUAAAGGAUUUUAAAUUGUUACUUUUAGAUAUUUUAUAAUAAAAAUGUAGUUUGUUGUAAUAAAAUCAUUAUUAU